AUGGAGAAGAGCAGCUUCGCCAUGGCCAAGUUCGGGCUGGAGCACAAGGAGGCAAUGCCGAAGCGCGACUGCGGUUUUUACCUCAAAUACAUUUUCCUUUUCACCUCGCUGAUCCAAUUCCUGAUCAUCCUGGGGCUCGUGCUCUUCAUGGUGUACGGGAACGCCCAGGCGGGCACCGACACCCACCUGAGGCUGCUGGAGGAGCAGGUGCAGAGCCACUACCGCAGGAUUGUCGCCCUGGGUGCCACCAACGCCAACCUGAGCCGCACGCUCAACGCCACCCUGAAGGACAGGGACAAGGUGCAGGGGAUGGCGCUGAAGGCGCAGAGGGAGCUGGAGAAGUGUAACAGCAGCCAGGCCUCCAGCAGCAUCCCGCAGCUGCGGGAGCUCCUGUUCCAGCAGCUGAGGCUGAAAGAGUGCCAGGUGAUCACCACCCUCAUCAACAACACCUGCACGGCUGAGAAGCUGCAGCUGCAGCGGCAGCUGGACCAGGCCAGCUUGUCCAAGAGAACCCUGGAGGGGAGCAGGCAGCAGAGCCAGGCCGAGCUGACCAAAGUGACCCGGGAGAAGGACAAGUGCCAGCAGGACCUGCAGAGUGCCAGGACCGAGGGCGACCUGAGCAGGAUGGAGCUGGAUGUGCACAAACAUCGCUGCAGCUCCCUGCAGAGCGAUGUGAGCGAGAAGAUCCUGAGGGUUUUGGAUCUGGCCAAGCAAUACCAGUGCAAAGAGGCCGAGAAGGAGCUGGGGCAGAUCCGGGAGCGCGUGGAGGAGCUGCUGCGGCGGCAGAAGGAGCGCGACUCGCUCUUUGUGUGGAGGAGCAGCUGCGAGCUGAGCGUGCAGCAGUGCCGCCACAACUGCUCCCGCGACACACAGGAGCUGCAGCAGAGGAUCCAGGGGCUGGAGAAGCUCCAGAAGGACGGCGAGGAGGAGAGGAAGAGGCUGCAGGCGGACAAGGAGAAGGCGGGGAAGGAGCUGGAGGAGAAGAGGAAGGCGGCGGUGGCGAUGGAGGAGUCGCUGCGGCAGCAGCUCGGGAUCUGCAUGGGGACCAAGAUGUCCCACCUGGACCUGCCGGGCUCGCGGGGGCCAGGCAGCGCCGCCCGCUCGAGCCCCUUCCCUGGCACGGGCACCUACAUGGAGCUCCUGAAGAACCCGGCCACGCUGGGCACCAUGGGAAUGCAGAACCCGGUGGAGCUCCAGCAGAUGCUGCAGCUGAUGGAGCAGUACACGGCCACCCUGAAGAACGCCAGCGGAUAAUGCUGGAAAAUCCCACGGAAAACCAGGAGAGCCGCCCAGGAGGUGCUUCCCGCAGCACGGAUGGCAACCCCUGCCCCAGAGCCACCCUCCCUU